CAUACCAGCAACCAUUUUAAUCUGAGCUUCUUUCUCACCGAUAUUUCCCCUUAGAUCUAUUUCUUCAUCUUUCGAGCCCAGAAUUUGGCUGGCUUUUCCUCUUUUUCUCCCACAUUUUGGAGUGCACUGCACAGAAUAUAAUUCAUCUCAUUUCUCCGUCCAAAUCCUCAACACCGACAAUGAGUUCUCCUUUGAGAAAUGAGAUAAUUGUGAUGAAUCCCCCUCGACAACUACCUGUGGAGGGCGAGCCGUCAACGAUUUCAUCGACGCAGACAAGACAACGAGUAAAUGCACCGCCACUGUGGUAUCUAGGUGUAGUUCCCCAGGAAAAUGGCUAUUGGGUUGCUCAAAUCUUAUCUAUUAACCGUCUUAUAUCACUAGGAACGUUCAAUUCUGAAGUAGCUGCGGCGCGAGCUUACGAUAGUGCGGCCAUAACACAGUACGGCGAUGAUUUCUUCCGUAAUUUUUUAUUAACGAGUGUUACUAUUCAUGAACCCUCUUUUCAAAGCAAUUACUCCGAUGAAACCAUUGUUGAAAUGAUUAGGGAUGACUCUUACGAACUCAGGUUGAUCCAUUUUGUUUCGGAUCACAUUCGUAACUACCGCUACCGUGGCCCUAUAGAAAUGCCUACUUGCCUGGACGCCAUCCAAGAAGUCUUUUAUAAAAAAAUGUUUCAAAAAGAGCUGACCUUGAGUGAUCUUGAGCAUCAAAACGUAUUGAUUUUACCCAUUGAUGCUCGACCCUUCUUUCCUCAAAUAAGGUCCAAUAGAGUCCAAUUUUGGCUUGAGUUUAAAGAUAGAAUGAAUCGGACAUGGGCAUUUCAAUACUUUUACUGGACUCAUUUUCAGAGAUCUAUACUUACUAGGGGUUGGAGCUAGUUUGUAAGUGAGAUGGAGCUUCGUGUUGACGACAUUGUCGUCUUUUAUCAAUGUUGGGACGGAGAACGCUUCCUGAAAAU